AUGGCCACCAACACCAGCUUCGCCUCGCCGCUCGCCGGUGUCUCUGGGACUCUGUUCCCAAUCCCUCCCCAGAUUGAGGGCAUCUUCGAUACCAUCAGCAGCUUCGGCUUCUGGCCCAUCGCCUUUUCCGUUCUGGCCCUCCUGGUGGCCUACGAUCAGGUUAGCUACCUUCUGAACAAGGGCAGCAUUGUUGGCCCUGCUUUCAAGGAGCCCUUCAUUGGUCCUUUCCUGCAAUCCGUGAACCCCAAAUUCGAGGAGUACUAUGCCAAGUGGAAGAGCGGUCCCUUGAGCUGCGUCUCUGUCUUCCACAAGUUCGUCGUCAUUGCGUCCACCCGCGAUAUGGCCAGGAAGGUUUUCAACUCUCCCGGUUUCGUUAAGCCUUGCGUCGUCGAUGUCGCCCACAAGCUCCUCGGUGACGACAACUGGGUGUUCCUUGACGGCAAGGCCCACGUCGAUUUUCGCAAGGGCCUUAACGGUCUCUUCACCCGCCGAGCCCUCCAAUCCUAUCUCCCCGGCCAGGAGGACCUGUACAACCGUUACUUCGACCGCUUCCUCCGUGUCACGAAGGAGGCCGAUAACAAGCCCGUUCCUUUCAUGAGUGAAUUCCGCGAGAUCAUGUGCGCCGUCUCUCUCCGAACCUUCUGCGGACAUUACAUUUCCGACGAAUCAGUCAAGAAGAUCGCCGACGACUACUACCUAAUCACCGAGGCCCUCGAGCUUGUCAACUUCCCCAUCAUCCUCCCCUUCACCAAGACGUGGUAUGGCAAGAAGGCCAGUGACAUGGUCCUCGCCGAGUUCUCCAAGGCAUCCGCCAAGAGCAAGGCCCGUCUUGCGGCUGGCGGCGAGCCCAACUGCAUCAUGGAUGCCUGGAUCAAGAACAUGCUGCUGUCCAAGAAGUGGACCGAGGCUGACGCCAAGGGCCUGCCAACUGAGAACAUCGAGAAGCCAUCCCCUCUGCUCCGCGAAUUCAGUGAUUAUGAGAUCGCCCAGACCAUCUUCACUUUCCUCUUCGCCUCCCAGGAUGCCACCAGCAGCGCCGCCACCUGGCUGUUCCAGAUCAUGGCCCAGCGACCUGAUGUUCUUGAUCGUGUGCGCGAGGAGAACCUGAAGGUCCGAAACGGUGAUAUCCACGCCGCUGUUGAUCUUGACCAGCUUGAGUCGAUGACUUACACCCGUGCCGUCAUUCGUGAGCUUCUUCGCUACCGCCCUCCGGUUCUGAUGGUUCCCUAUGAAGUCAAGAAGCCCUUCCCCAUCACUGAUUCGUACACUGUCCCCAAGGGCGCUAUGAUUAUCCCCACCACCUACCUCGCACUCCGUGACCCCGAAGUCUACGACAACCCCGAUGUUUUCGACCCCGAGCGUUACUACACUGGUGAUGCCGAGGCCAAGGGUGUGAAGAACUUCCUCGUUUUCGGAACCGGACCUCACGUGUGCCUCGGACAGCACUAUGCUCAGCUCAACUUGGUUCUGUUUGUUGGAAAGGCGUCGCUUCUGCUCGACUGGAAGCAUCACCCUACCCCGCUCUCCGAGGAGAUCAAGGUGUUUGCCACCAUCUUCCCCAAGGACGAUUGCCCCUUGACUUUCCAGGAGAGAAAGUGGUAA